AUGCUAUCUCCAUCUCCGUCUGAGAUAUCAUUGCCAUCGACUGAUGAUUGUGCAAUAUGCCUAAUGACAUUAGCACCGGGUACUGCACUUCUCACUUUGUCUUGUAAUCAUAAAUUUCAUCUUCAAUGUCUUGUUUCAAAUGCACAAGCACAAAAUAAAGAGUGCCCUUUGUGUCGAACAACGAUCGAUGCAUCUGUCCUUCAAAUACUCGUAGGUUCUACUCAAACACCAACACCAACACCAACACAACAAACACAAGUAGCUCUCGUUCAAGUUAAUCAAACUGCAGCUAAUGUCCUUCCAUCGGUUGAAGAUCCAAUCGAUGAAACUGUUGUUAGACAUCUCUUCGAACAGUUUACUAUUGCUCGUCAAGCUGCCAUUGCUUCACUUGAUGAUACCGAUAGCCUGCCUUUGAUCAAUACUGUGACAACAUUGGAAUAUUUAGCUCAAUCUGCUCACGAAGAAUCAAAUAUAUACGGACUUAUUACUCUUCAAGCUCCUUCGAUUUUACAACGAGAAACUAACUCAAUAGCAGCAGCUCGUGUUCCCAUUGAUCUCGUAUGUGUCGUCGAUCAAAGUGGAUCAAUGUCCGGUGAAAAAAUGGUCCUGUUGAAAAAAACAUUGAUAUAUAUUGUCGAACAGUUGAAUGAACUCGAUCGAUUGGCUAUUGUCUCAUUCAAUUCAACUGCUUUCGAUCGUUCACAUGGACUCAAACGUAUGAAUCAGCAAAAUCAACAGAUCUUGACUAAUGCAAUCAAUAAUGAUAUUGCUAGUCAAGGUGGUACCUACAUUGGGAGUGGCCUACAGAUUGGUAUUGAUCUUUUGAAGAUUCGUCAAACAAAGAAUCCUCUGAGUGCUUUACUCUUACUCACCGAUGGCCAAGAUAAUCAAGAACAUGACUACAGACAACUUAUGGAGAAUUUACCCGAAGGUGCCCAAUGUCAUACUUUCGGCUAUGGGCCUGAUCAUACGGCCUCAUUGUUGGCAGAAUUGGCUCAACUAGGUCAUGGAGGUACUUUUACUUAUAUUGAUCAAGAGCAAGCAGUAGGUUCAGCUUUCGUCAUGGUUUUGGCUGGCCUAUUCACAUGUGUUGCAGAAGAGAUCUGUGUUAAUAUUGAAUUCAAUGAAAACUACAAUGUUACUCACUUUCACUCUAAGUAUACAUAUGAACCUGAGCAAUUACCCUCAACAAAGAUCUCAGUCAAGUUGCACAAUUUAAACGCUGAUGAAAAACGAAAUCUUGUUUUUCAAUUACAUAUACCCAAAGUUGAUGAUGAACAAAAUGUUGAAAUGGCCAGUCAAUCAUCAGCGUCACAAGACGAGUCAUCAGACGUUAAUUUGUUGUCAGAAAAUCAUUGUGUAGGUCAUGUUACCAUUACUUACGUGGAUCCCAAUAUUUCUCGUUCAAUAACUACAAAUCCUGUUUCUUUUCAAUUAGUUCGAGUAUCCUCCCCUCCAACGAAUCUUCUUCAAAUAAAUCCCGUACUAGAUCGCCAACGAAAUCGAAUUGAAACGACUCAAGCACUUGAACAGGCAAUGGCCGAGAGCGAUUUUCAGGCAUCACGUACUAUCCUUAUGACGCAGGUAGAAAAGAUCAAACACAGUGUGUCAGUUCAAGAUCCAUUCUGUCAAGAACUUAUUCAAGAUCUCGAACGCAUUUAUCCAUCAGAACGUGAAUAUCGUUCGUCGCAUUGUCAUACCUACAUGAGUCAUCGAACAGAACGCGGCACAUAUGUACCAAACGAGCAUGUUAGUUCACAACGAUAUAACACUGAUCAUCAACGACAACUGGCCGCUAGUAUUCAAAGAAAGUAUUUUUCCUGA